AUGGCUAAGCCAAUGGCUUCCGAUGUCUGCCCUUCUGGCACUAUCACUGCCCCGGGUAGUACCCACCCCCGGAAGCAAAUAAGUGCGUCAGAAAGGUACUAUCGUACCAGGCGAUCGGCCUUCAGAAUCCUGGAGAGACUGAAGGACACUAGAGAAGAGGAUCUGACAGAGGAACAGUCAGACUCCAAGGCUUGGUCUGAAGCCUUCAUUACCAAACACCGGGAGAAGGCCAAAAUGGACUCCGCACAAGACAAGCGGAAGAGAUCGAGUGAAGGGACAUCGGCUGAAGCCAAACGAACCAAGGUGUCCGCCACUCAAAUGACUAGGUCUUUCGCGGAAGUAGCGAAAGAAAGCUAUGUACGGGCAGUGAUUGAUCCCAGGGACUUAAUCAAUAGGAGCCUCUGGAAGGUGUAUAGGGACAUCCUGAAAGAAAAUCCAGGACCUCCACCCAGCUGCUCGGAUGCGGGAUGGUUUCAAUCCCGUGUCAAAUUAAUAAGGUGCGCUGAACAACGUUCCGUGGACCUAUACACCCUAGCGAUUAAUCGCAUAGGGGAACCUUGGCCGGGGGCCCGCCUUGAUAUGACCCGCCGAGAAGACAUUCCCAACCGGCCAAGAUCUAGAGCCUGGAUACCAGACUUCCAUUCUGAUCCAGAGGAAGUCAUGGAUCUAAUAAAGCUAGGCAACCCCGAACUACCUACCAGCGACUGGAAGGUAGCAAAGAUUGGCGAAGUGGACGGCAAGAGGAGACUGGCCGUGAUAAUCCUCAAUGAGGAAUCUUUAGACCCACUUGCCAACAGGAAAUGGAAGAUCAAUUACGGCUUCCAAACGCUGACUCUCCAUGUCUACAGACAGGAUGUAGCUAGCAAGAGCACCUCCGCAGAAAAUAUAACUUCAUCUGCGGAAGCGAACGAGGUUGUCACAGACAACGAUGAGGUGGCUUCCAACUCCGGCAUGGUAGGCGAACUCUUCGAAAGGGUUACCUUAGAGGACAUGGAGGGGGAAUACUCCGAUCUCUGA